AUGAGCUUGUCUUGCUGCUGUGCGAGGGACUUUACGGAGGCUCUACCGAUCGAGAUGAGCUUGAAGAUCUUCGGCGAGCUUGAUGCCAGGAGUCUAUGCCGCGCCUCGGCCACGUGCCGCCGGUGGAACGCCAUCAUCCGUGACAGCCAGCAGCUGUGGAGGAUGCAGUGUCUCAGUAUCAUCACACUCUGCCACAGGGAGGUGGAUGCCGACCGCAGCAACGGACUUUCCUGGAAGGAGUCGCUAAUGAGGAACUACAUUCGCAGCCGUGUCAAACUGGACUGGCUGCAAGGACGCUAUAGCAACGUAGCGUCAGCCAGUGAGCUGCGUGGCAAAAAGAUGGUGCCGAUGGACGUGGAAACUUGGGGAGAUAUCCUACAGGCAGAACUGGACCGAUGA